GUUCCUCAGUGUCUUGUGCAUUGAGAAUCCUGCAGCCACGCACUGUCCCAGAGCACGAACCAAAGAUGUUUGUCUUGCUCUAUGUUACAAGUUUCGCCAUUUGUGCAAGUGGACAACCGCGAGGCAAUCAGGCCAAAGGAGAGAACUACUCCCCGAGGUAUAUCUGUAGCAUCCCUGGCUUACCUGGACCUCCAGGACCCCCUGGAGCAAACGGUUCCCCUGGACCCCAUGGUCGCAUCGGCUUUCCAGGAAGAGACGGUAGAGACGGCAGGAAAGGAGAAAAGGGUGAAAAGGGCACUGCAGGUCUAAGAGGUAAGACUGGACCCUUGGGUCUUGCUGGAGAGAAAGGGGAUCAAGGAGAGACUGGGAAGAAAGGACCCAUGGGACCAGAGGGAGAGAAAGGAGAAGUAGGUCCAGUUGGGCCUCCUGGACCAAAGGGAGACCGAGGAGACCAAGGGGACCCAGGACUGCCUGGAAUGUGCAGAUGUGGAAGCAUCGUUCUCAAAUCAGCCUUUUCUGUUGGCAUCACAACCAGCUACCCAGAAGAAAGACUACCAAUAAUAUUUAACAAGGUCCUCUUCAACGAGGGGGAGCACUACAACCCUGCCACGGGGAAGUUCAUCUGUGCUUUCCCAGGCAUUUAUUACUUUUCUUAUGAUAUCACAUUGGCCAAUAAGCACCUUGCAAUAGGGCUGGUCCACAAUGGACAAUACCGGAUAAGGACCUUCGAUGCCAACACGGGGAACCAUGAUGUGGCUUCUGGGUCCACAGUCAUCUACCUGCAGCCAGAAGAUGAAGUCUGGCUGGAGAUCUUCUUCAAUGACCAGAAUGGCCUCUUCUCAGACCCAGGUUGGGCAGACAGCUUAUUCUCUGGAUUUCUCCUCUAUGUUGACACGGAUUACCUAGACUCCAUAUCAGAAGAUGAUGAACUGUGAUCAGACGGUGGACCUAAAUGUUCCAAGACCUCUGUAAUGUUCUAACACUUUAAUUUCAUCUGGGGUGCUGGAAGGUGGAUCAAGUAGGAAGGAGAUCCAAAGAGACUCCUACUCAGAUUCCCGAUCAUUUACAGACAGUUAUGGAAGAAUUUAUCAAAACAAGAUAAGCCACCAAGCAGUUGAAGCUACACCAAAAUGAACAAUAUAAAGUAACUCCAGAUAUGCAUUCUCUUGAAAAUAAUGUUUAUAAAUAUUUAAACAAAUUAAAGACAGUGUUAACAAUUUUUUACUAAAUGCCCUUAGUGAUAAUACCAGCUGGCCAUGAUAAUGCCUCAUUAAAUCUUCA